UGCUCGUUGUUUGUUGCACAUCGGACAGGAUGGUUUCCUGGUGUCUCUGUCUGUGCUUCUGCUGCCUUGCAGUUUCUGCUACCCCACUGGCUUUGCCAACCUCACGAGAGAUAGAAGUGGAUGUCGACGGCGGAUUAGAUCAAGACAUAUUUAACAUAAAUGAAGAACUUGGACUGAAUCUCAUAGAAGGAGAUAUCAGACAUGAUACGCCCACUGACAGAAGCGCAAUCGCCAAUGACAAAUUCAGAUGGCCAAAAACUGUUCCAUACUAUCUGGAAGAUAGUUUAGAUGUAAAUGCUAAAGGUGUCAUCCUUAAAGCAUUUGAACAAUACCGCCUUAAAUCCUGCAUUGACUUUAAACCUUGGAGUGGGGAAGCUAACUACAUCUCCGUAUUCAAAGGGAGUGGCUGUUGGUCAUAUGUAGGCAAUCAACAUGUUGGGAAGCAGCAACUCUCAAUCAGAGAGAGGUGCGAGAGAAUCGCAACCAUUGAACACGAGUUCCUUCACGCGCUGGGAUUCUGGCACGAGCAGUCAAGACCCGAUCGCGAUGACUACGUCAAAAUAAUCUGGGACAGGAUUGAAAAUGGUCAAGAACACAAUUUUGAUAAGUAUGACGAUAAGUUAAGUAUUACUCAAAACAUACCGUAUGACUACACCUCGGUGAUGCACUACGGUUCCAGAGCUUUCACCAAAGGCUCUGAACCAACGAUUGUCACCAAGAUUGCUGAAUUCAGUAACGUGAUUGGACAACACAUAGAACUCAGCGAUUAUGAUCUCCAAAAAGUCAACCGGCUCUACAACUGCACCACCUCGCUCAGCUUUUUGGACAGCUGCGGCUUUGAAGGUGAAAAUAUUUGCGGCAUGAUACAGGGUCCAGAAGACACCGCAGAUUGGCAGCGAGUUUCCCAGGCCCCAGGUGGGCCUUACACUGACUUCACCAACAUGGGCAAAUGUAGAGGUAGUGGGUACUUCAUGUACUUCAACACCAGCACAGGCACAGUGGGACAGAAGGCCUUUUUGGAAAGCCGGAUAUUUUACCCAAUGCGCGGCUUCCAAUGCCUGCAAUUCUAUUCCUUCAACAGCGGAAGUGAGAGAGACGAGCUGAACAUUUGGGUCAGAGUUUACAAUCAAGCUAAUCCCAAUGGUACUUUAACUAAAAUUGGAAGAGUACAAGGUGUAGGUCUGAAUCACUGGCAGAUUCAUCACGUCAGCCUACGUGUCUCUGGGAAGUUUCGUGUUGUCUUUGAAGGGGUGAAGCAAGUUGCAUCCUCCGAUGGGGGCAUUUCCAUCGAUGACAUCAACCUCUCAGAAACCCACUGCCCUACCCAUGUGUGGCCCAUCAGGAACUUCACCAACAUUCUGAACUCAAGCCCGUCAGGAUUCCCAGGCGUUAUCCAUAGCCCAAGAUAUUACUCCCGUGAAGGAUAUGCAUUUCAAAUCAGUCUCUACGUAAAUGGUACAAAUGAGCGUCCCUUCUACCUUGGUGUGUUCUUGCACUUGGUCAACGGUGUUCAUGAUGACCGUCUAAAAUGGCCAUGCCCAUGGAUGCAAGGGACCAUGCUCUUGAUGGAUCAACACCCUGACAUCAGGCGACGCAUGUCCCACCAGAGAUCUGUGACCACGGACCCGAAUAGGACCCAAAUAAUAGGCAACCAAAUAUCCUUCUUCUGGGACAGGCCUGAUAAAGUGGGAUAUCUAGUGAGAGAACCAGAUGGCACCCAGUAUUAUCGGGGACCUGGCUUAGGAAUCAGUACCUUUUUAUCGCAUGAAAGGCUGAAAAGUAGAGAGUUUGUCAAGGGAGAUGAUGCAUAUUUCCUAUUAACCAUGGAAGAUGCAUCUCACCUUAUCGCCACUCAACCUACACCAUCAGUUCCCAGUCACCCCGCCACCAACAUGCCCACGCCUACGUCCAAUCCUAUUGCCACCUUGACUAGCAAGCUAGCAACUGACAAGCCCGCAACUGACAAGCCCGCAACUGACAAGCCAGUGACCGAUAUCCUAGAAUCAUGCACUGACUUUCAAUGUGAAAAUGAAGGAGUCUGCACUGUACUGAAGGGAGAACCUGAGUGCAGGUGUCAAACAGGUGACAGUUGGUGGUAUUCGGGCAAAUACUGCGAGAACCUCGGUAAACAACAGGAUACCGUUCUAAUUGCAGUGACCUCGUCUGUAGUCAUCUUUGUCGCCAUGCUUCUGAUCACACUGCUCACUGCAUACUGCCUGAGGUGA